AUGCAGCGCCGCAGCUUUUCCUGUCUUUCUUUGUUUCCUUCUUUUUUGAUUUUUAGUUUAUUUUAUUUUAUUUUAUUUCUUUUUCUUUUCGCGGGCGCGAGUCUUUCCCCGGCUAGUCCCCUUUCGCCCAAGCUGAGGGGCCCCGUGGAGUUUCCCGCUGCCGCUGCAGCAGCAGCAGCAGCAGGCUUGGGACCCGCGCCAGCAGCAGCAGCAGCGCCCGAGGACGGCGACGCAGCGCGUCUGUGGGAAGCAGCAGCCGCCGUACCCGGAGCAGCAGAAGGCGGCGCUGCUGCGCAUGCAUCGCCGCCGGGUUCGCCAGGGUCGCCAGCAGCAGCAGCAGCAGCAGCAGCAGCAGCAGGAGGUCCGGAGAGCCUGCCGUGGUUCGAGCGCGUGUCCCUGAGCUGCAGCGAGCCGAACCCGGAGUUCGAGCGGAUGUCGCAGGUGUGUCUGUCGGAGGCGCCUGCUGCAGCAGCAGCAGCAGCAGCAGCAGCAGGUGUGGGGCCCCACAGCGUGCCCGUGGGCGAGUUCCAGCGCAUGUGCCUGCUGGCAGCAGAGCACCUGGGCUGUCUCUACCGCAGGCUCGCCGUGGACUACUUGCUGCUGGCCCCCCUGUCCCCAGAAGAACUUGCUGCUGCUGUUGCAGAAGGACUUAGUGAGAUUUUGGAAGAAGAGGACUCUGUCGCGGACUUAGUCAUUUCCAAGAGACUUCCUCACGGGGCUCUUCCUGUGCAUUCUCUCAAACAAGCAGUUCUCAACAAACUCCAGAAACUCCACAAAAUCCGAAAAAGAAACGCCCACAUGACGCUGCACUACUGCAUGCAAAGCCCCACGCUGCAGCAGCAGCAGCAAAUGGCGCAGCUGCUGCUGCCGCUGCUCAACGCCCACCGCAGCAGACUGCGUCUCAGUGCAGAAAAAGGAAUUCCGAUUCUCGCUCCUGAUGAACAUAUUUUGAUUUGGUUUUUCAUGGAAAUCUUCGCGAGAGAAAACAAACUUGUUGGAAAAGAAAGGCCCCUCAAUCUCUGGCGUUUUCCAGAACCCGCGGGGGCCCUCAACAUCCUCGACUGA